AUGAAGAAGAAACCAACCAACGGGAGGGGUCCGGAUCCUGCUCCCCCCCAGCACCGAGCCCGGGGCAUCGCCAAGGCAGCAGAGUAUGUGGGUUCCUUCAUGGUGGAGGACUUGGACCUGCAGCAGCAAGCGGGGUGGCUGGAGGAGCAGCUGCAGAAACUGAAGGACUGCCCCAGGAGGAGGUCGGUAGUGCUGAGGUUCAGCUUGCAGGGGCUGAAGGUCUACGAUGCUGAUGGGGAGGUAGGGGUGCUCUGGGUGCAGACCCUGCACCUCCUGCUGUGCCGCUCCUUCCAGCUGUGCUACCUGCUGGCGCACCCCGAGCAGCAGGAGGGUGAGGGGGAUCCCCCGGGGACCGGGGUGCUCCGGGAGCCCCUCAACCCCGACCAGGUGUCCCGCAAUGUCAACGCCCUCGUCUCCUUCCGACGCUUGCCCGCGCCCGCUGGCCUCGGCACCCUGAGCCCAGGGCACAACUUCCCCCCUCACAGCUUUUCCACCCUCCAGGAGCGGCGGGCAGAGAUGGAGGGCAGAGCCUGGCGCCCAGGGAACCCCUAUUGCUCCCCGGUUCUGGUGCGCAAGAAAGCGAUUCGCAGCAAAGUGCUGCGCUCCGGGGCCUACCGGGACUGUGGGGGGGAGGGACAGCUCCACCAGCCACCCCGGGACACUGCAGGAUGGGAGAGCAGAGGCCCGAGGAGCUUGGCCUUCCUCCCCGAGAACGAGAGCAUCCUCGCCGAGAGCGUCUGGGCCUUCACCGGCAUCACCAGGGCCGGCGGGGUGGCCCUGCUGCGGGGGGACAUCCCCGGCUCCUUCCUGCUGCGCCCCGAGCCCGGCCUGGCCAAGCGCUGGUGCCUGUGGGUGCGCGCGCCCUGCGGCGUCGUCCCCUACGGGCUGGUCAGGACACACCAGGGCAGGUUCUGCCUGGAGGUCACGGGUAUAUUUGAGUAUGGGUGUUCCCAGCAGACAGAGUGCAUCUGUAUGAGCGUGCACAGGCACACACGGGUGCACAAGUACCCUUGA